CACAACCGUCUCAGUUUUUACCAUCGGCAUCGCUUUGUGAUCUCAGCUUUCUGCCUGUCAGUUUUUCCUGCAUCAAUUCGCCAUGCAUCUCCCUCAGGAUCCCGAGAAGAUUUUCGAGAAAGCCUUCGUCGAAGACGUGGCUGUCUUUGUCGCUAAUGGCAACUUUGGCAAGGAUGCCGAGCUAGCCCAGCCCAUCGAGCCUUUGUAUGCUAUCCAGGCGUAUAUCUCCAGUGGCAUAAAGUAUCCCCAAACCAACGGGGAAUUUGAGAAGGAGACGCCCGAGGCGACAUACGAGGUGAUCACACAAGUCUUGCCCAAACUUUACAUGAACACGAGGAAGACCCUCACUUCGGUGUCCAAAUCAUGCCACAAGUUCAAAGAAGAAGCUCUAGACGGUUUACUUUUUUACCCUAAAAUAAUCAGUAGCUAUUGCGAGAAUGCACUGGAUGCCCUUGAAUCCAAGGAGUCCGGCCUGGUACAGCAACUUAAAGUCCUCACUGAUACAAAGUAUGACAAGGUUACACCCGGGGAGGAGGACAAUGACUUCAAUGACGCGAAGGAGCUUGCAAUUUUCUCCCUUGGGGAAAUGCAAAUCCAAGCAGAAAAGCACAAGCAAAGUAUUUCCGAUCUCAAGCAGAAAGUUACAGAGUUCAAAGCCGAAACAGAUUCAAACAGAGGUAUGGCGAAAGAUCUGGACGCUACCUACUCUCAAAAGGUGCUGGUUGAAGGCAAUUCGUACGAAUCAGUCUUGGACUUUGUAGGUGGUCAGUUGAAGGGAAUGGAAGAAAAAUUAAAUACUGCAAACGAACGGUACGAGGAAGCCUAUGAUCAGGAGGUAAGUGUGAUCAAUAAUUCAAGUCCAAGUUGGCUGACACGAUUCUCAACCCCUCCAGGAAGCAGGGAAGGAUCAUACCCGGUUCACAUACUGGAGGAACGCACUGUAUAAGUUUGGGGGGGUCAUAUGGUGGGUCAAGGGGUAUUUUACCUUCAAGGCUGAGGACAAGGAAUUGGCCGACAGCCUGAAAGCCCUGAGA